AUGGACGCUCCGCCGCCGCCGCCUCCGCCGCCGCACGGCGAAAACCCGAAAACGACCGCCGGCGGACAGGGCUCCGGCCUACCACCCGGCAACUACGACAUCUUCAUCAUCCCGCCGCACAGUUCCGGCUCCGGCUUCCUCUACCUGCCUUCUCUCAACUGUCAGCGGAACUCCUUCCUCGCUGGCGUCGGCUGCACCUUGCUCGCGGUACUAGUAUGGACAAUCAUCGAGCCCACGGUCAAGUCGUGGGUCGCAGCAGUGACGACCAGCGGUGGAGGCGGGAUGUUGAUCCUCCUCAUCGGCGUAGGCGGCGCGGCAUGGCACAUGGGCAAGUCGCAAGGAGACGGUGCGGCAGGAUCCCACUCGGCCGCUCCGGGAGGAGGUGCAGGAGCUGGAGCUGGAGCUGGAGCCGGCGCCGGCGCUGGCGCUGGCCACACACCCGGCGGCGGAGCACAUGCUGGCCCUCAGCCGAACGGCUUCCCCGGCGGUGGCUUCCACCAUGCACCUCCUCCCAACCCUGGGGCCGGGCCUACGCCUGGAGCGUCGUGGGGAGGCAACGCCCGCAACUCUUCCGCUGACUGGGAGAAGGCAAGAGAAGAGACGAGACAACGGGAAGAAGCCCGUAAGCGGGAAGAGGAAGUACGACGCCAGGCGCAGGAAGAAGCCAAGAAAAAAGAAGCUGCUGACAGGGCCGCGCGUGCACAGGCCGAGAAGCAGAAGUGGGAACAGAUGCGCGCUCGCGAGAAGGAACAGCGUGAGAGGGAAGCACGGGAGCGUCUGGCGCGGGAAAGGCUGGCCAAAGAGAAGGCGGAAAGAGAAGCUCGACUCGCAAAGGAGAAGGAAGAGAGAGAAGCUCGAGAGAAAGAAGCCCGUGAGAAACUGGAGCGAGAGAUCCGCGAACGUCUUGAAAAGGAAGCUAAAGCAAAAUCCGAUGCAGAGGCCGCCGCUGCAGCAGCGAAGGCCGAAGCAGAAGCAGCAGCAGCAAAGGAGAAGGCGGCCAAGGAGCGCGAAGAGCGCCUCAAAGCUGCCCGUGAACGUGCUGAACGCGAGCGAAAGGCCCGCGAAGCUGAACGGCUGGCCAAGGCUGCUGCUCCACCAGCACCGACCAGAUCUGCCAGCGAGAGUGGCAGAGCGACCAGCACGUCACCCAAGAAGCCCUACGAACGACCGACCGCCCGAACGAGCGAUGGAGACUCGCGUGCCUACUCAGGCUUCCGCCCCUACGACGCCCCGAAGGCACCUCGAACCACCGGCUCCGCGUCCACCUACUCCGAAUCCGUUUUUAGCUCCUCUUACGCACCCUCCGUGUCCACCGCCCGGACUGACCCUCCGCCCUCGGUACGUGGACCAUACAACACGGCCGAUCCGGAGAAGGUGGUGAUCAAAGGUGUUUACCUGUUCACAUCCGCCUUCCCGAAACCUGUGGGCAAGUUGAUAUCAGGCGUAGGCGCGGUGACGGACGGAUUAGUCCUCCGCAUGACUACCGAAGGCCUCUUCAUUGACGACGAUGUGCGACAUGUGGCCCAGCGUGAGUGGGAUGUCAAGGCUUGGACAAUGAAGCUCGUCGAGACUGCUGAAGUCAAAUCAGCCGGAGUCUACAUUGUCAGAGCCAGCAUCAGAGACCCGGAGGGCAAGAGAUACGUCUUCAUCAUCAGCAUGGAGGAGAGUUGGAAGGUUGCGACGGGCCUGCAGAGGCUACGGAAGGGGAGUCAGGUGCGCGCACUGGGCGUGCAGGGUAUAACGCCGGGAGAAGCGAACAAGAUUCUAGCAUUGCUGUGA